AUGAAGUUCCAAACCUCCACUGCCCUCGCGGCCUUCGUCGCCUUCGCCGCCGCAGAAGUGCCCCAAGAGCAUUCCCACGAGAAGUACCUUCGUGCCGUCAACGCCCUCCUGAAGCAAGACAACCCGAACAACAUCCAAGACGCAGUCUUUGGCCUCCUCGGCAACGCCGCCGCCGCCGCGGGCGCGGGCGACGUCACCAACCUCGACUGCCUGCACCAAACGACGGCCGACUCGGCCUUCACCACGGCCAAGGCUGCGGGCGACGUCGACGGCAUGGCGAGCGCGCUCGUCUUCCGCGCCGUGGAGCGUAAUACGGGCAAAGUCGGGCUCAAGAGCGUGCUGUGUAGCGAGACGGCCGCGAACCCCGAGAUUGCGGCGCUGAGCCAGCAUCAGGAUCCGGCUUCGGAUGGGGCAGCUAAGACGAAUAAGGCUAUUACACUUGAGCUUGCUAAGCAGCUUUCUGCCAUCGGGGCUGAUCCGCAGCUUGCACUUGAUGCUGGUACCUUCGAGCCUGGUGAUGUCAACGACAACACCGGAGCCGGUAACACCUGCGACGAUGCCAAUGAUACGGAGGGAUGCAUCUUUAGCCAGAACCUCAUUGUCAAGGACGCCACCCCAGAGGAGAUUGAUGCCGCUGUUGCUGGAGGUGCCGGCAACGCCAAGUCCGGCGGAGCCAACUCAACCGGCAAAGCAGGCCGCUCGCGCAAUGAAAGCGUCCUGAGCCGUACCAUCCUCUCCCAGCGCGAUAUUGAGGGCACCGGCGCCUCCGCUUCCGAGAUGACCCGUCGCCAAUCCAAGAACAAGAACAAGAACAACAACAAUGCCGACGCCAACGCCAACAACAGCACCGCCGACGCAGCCACAGGCACGACAAACGUCCAAACCUUCACCGGCACCCUCGGCGGCCCCGCUCCACCUGUGACCUCGGACCCUUCCGCCAACAAGCCCUUCUCCGUCAACGGCGCAACCUUCCUCAACGCCGGCGCAGCCCUUCAGCGCUCCUGCGCGGUCCAGCACAACGCCUGCGCAAACGCCGCGAACUCUGGAUCAGGUGACAUCUCCGUCUCAGACUGCGACGCGCAGGAAGACGACUGCCUCGCGGCCUCGUCGCAGACGAAGCUCCGUCGCGCGUCGGGUCUGAACGCACGCGGUGCGCGGAGGAUGAGGAUCGCGACGACGGCGCUGUUGAAGGGUCGCCAGGCGUUUGAGUUUGGCGAGUGCCAGGACCCGAGUAUUGAGUUUGCUGAGGGUCUCGAUGGGCGCAAGGAGGCUUCAUUUGCCCCCGCUGGCGACUUUGAGCACGGCAGUGCGUUGAACAUUGGUGUGAUUUCGGGUUUCAUUUGUGGGCAGUUGGAGAGCCGGUGUCAGGCGGAUGAGGCUGCUGUUGCGGCUUGUCAGCAGGGCGAGGCGGCUUCUAAGGGGCUGAAGGGGCAGGCUGCUGCUGAUGCUUUCAACUCUGCUUUGGGACUUUGA